CCCUCUUUAUACAGCCUGUGUUGCAGUCCUCUUUCUCACAAAAACAAUAUGUCGGUGGUGCCAAUACGUGAGGAACUAUGAGAACAGAUCAAGAGGAAUUUGUACUUACACAAAGGAGGUCAUGGUGGAUCUCCAGUUGGCUGCCAUCCUGGUGUCCCACCUCACUCUCCUAUCUUAUAAAAGCGGAAGAAAAAAUUCUGAAACCCAUCAGAGUGAAGUUUACUCAAGGAUAUGUUCCCAUAUCUAAUGGCAACUACAUAUGGACUCUUGGCUUUAAUGAAAGAGAACACUCACCUGAGAUCUCAGCCUCUGGAGUUCAACACAAUCAGGUCCCACUGGUGCUACUACAUGGUUUUGGGAGUGGAGUGGGUCUGUGGGUAAAAAACCUACCUGCCCUUGCACAGGAAGGACGGCCCGUGUUCGCACUGGACAUGUUGGGUUUUGGACGCAGCAGUCGGCCGAUUUUCGGCAGGGAUGCCAAGGAAGCAGAGGAACAGUUUGUACAAACCCUGGAGGACUGGAGAAAAGCAGAAGGGUUGGAACACAUGAUUCUUCUGGGCCAUGAUCUUGGAGGAUAUGUGUCAACUGCAUAUGCCCUGAAAUAUCCUCACAGAUUGAAGCACUUGGUGCUGGUGGAGCCGUGGGGUUUUGCAGCAAGACCACAUGUUCAGGAGAACUGGGUUCCCAUCUGGAUUAAAGUAUUUGGGGCAGCAAUGAAUCCAUUUAACCCUCUUGGUCUGCUUAGGCUGGUGGGCCCGCUGGGUCCUUUGUUGCUACAGCUUUUGCGAUCAGAUUUUAAGCAGAAAUAUGCUUCUGUAUUUGCCGAUGACACGGUGGCUGAUUACAUAUACCAUGUGAACGCACAAACGGCCAGCGGUGAGACCGCAUUUAAAAACAUGACAAUUCCAUACGGCUGGCCUCAGCACCCCAUGAUUGACCGUGUGGAGAUGAUCAGUCCCUCUCUUCCCAUGACCUUCAUCUACGGAUCACGUUCCCGCAUCGAUGGCCAAUCAGGAAAAGCCAUUCAAGAAAUGAGACCCAACUCACACACAGAAAUCGUAGUCAUUCAGGGUGCAGGUCACUAUGUGUUCGCGGACCAAUCGGAGGAUUUCAACCAGGCUGUGCUUAAGAUAUGCAAUAAUGUCAGGCACAUAAAUGGGAAGGAUGAAUGAGAGAGAGAGAAAAAUGAGGGGGGAAAAGUGCGUGGCGGAGAGAUUCCGUAAAAAGGAGGAUUAAAUGUGGCUUUGUUUGGACAGAGGAACUAUUUCUCUUGGCGAAAUUAGGCAGAACAGACAAAACUGACAAUAUUGUGUCAAAAUAUUAACUUACUGUUUAUUAAAAUGUUUUAUAAAAUUAAUAUCACAUUACAAUUUUACUACUCUUGCUAAACUAUAUCAUAUAGAUGAUAUACAGUUGAGGUCAAAAGUUUACAUACACGUUGCAGAGUUAUUUUACCACAAUAAGUGGGGUCAUACAAAUUUUAUAAUUUUUUUACCCUGUUCAAAAGUUUACAUGUACUGUGUUGUUACCUGAAUGAUCCAAAGUUUUUUUGUUUAGUGAUAGUUGUUCAUGAGUCCAUUGUUGGUCCUGAACAGUUAUACUGCCUGCUGUUCUUCAUAAAAAUCCUUUAGGUCCCACAAAUUCUUUGGUUUUUCACCUUUUUUGUGUGUUUGAAUCCUUUCCAACAAUGACAGUAUGAUUUUAAAACUCUUCUUUUGACACUGAGGACAACUGAAUAGAAGGUUCAAACGCUCACUGAUGCUCCAGAAGGAAAAACAA